GGAUCUGGGUUUUAACAGCGGAGACAAGCUGUAGUGGAGCGGGAGAACAAAUGGGGGGGGACACAACAACAACAGCGCGAAUGGGCCGAUGGGGCGCGUGCCAGCAGUGAGGGCUCUGCGUGUCACAUCUGACACGUGUGUCAUGGGUUCGCCAUCACUGGCCUAAGCAGUCACAGCAGACAUGCUAAAGAAACUCCUAGCUGGGUGCAAGCUUCUCUCCCUUGGCGUCUGUAGCAUGCCAAUUUGUUGUAUCACAGCUGCAAAGGGCAAAUUCAGCAGUUUCAUUUCAGUGUUGCAGCUGUUCCUCCCACGUGGUGGCUGUAAGGCAAGAAGAUAUGGUAGCCCACAAAUCUUUUUAUGCUAAAGACAGUGCUCGGAAGCAUUUCGGUACAAACUGUCUAUUGGUAUAAUACAUAUAUUAGCAGGAAGUGAGUCCGACUGGGGAUGACAACACUCUGGGUAUAAAUGUGGGUGACACUGCAACUGUUUACACUCAUAAGCCUGCAUGCAUGAGAAGUGGCAUAAAUUUAGAAAUCCAAAUGAACCCUUAGCAAGAUCCCUCAUUAAAUGCAAACUGGUCUAGUCAUUUUGAGAACCACAUCUUAUUUUUAGGGAAAACGUCCAUUUGGAGGCAGAAGGGAAGCGGGGGCGGCCUGGAUGCCUGAUGACACCUCAUGACAUCACUCUCUUCCUCAAGGCUUCUGAUUGGUCCUUUUGCAGCUGAAGCAGAGUUUAAAUUCAUGCACCGUCAAAGAAGAUGUCAAAAACUGGUGUUCAAGAAUUAGAUCCCAAACCGAUGUGCUUUGGUGGAGCAAUUUUGAAAAAGAAAACCUUGCAGCAACCUCAUUGAGACAAACACAAAGAAACUAAAAUGAUUAUGAAGAGGAUGGCACUCUUGUUUAUCUCCCUGUGGGCUCUAUCCUGUGCUCGUCCUGUAUCCAGGCACCUAGGUGCACAUCACAGGAGCUCUGAGGAACAUUGGGCUACAGCAAUGGAAGGAAGCUUGAAUGAGGUAGCUGAUUCCACAGAUGUUAGUGACGAAGAUACAGAGAGCAGGCUAAGCACAAGCAUGGAAAAUGGAAGGAAAGAUGCCAGUGAACGUGUGAGCACUAGCCAUGAGAGCAGUGAAGGCAAGAACUUCAUCAGGAAAGUUUCCAGUGGAAGCCUAGAGAGCUCUUCAGAAGAUGACCAUGAAUGGAUCACUCGGGACAAUGAUGACAGCAAUUAUUUCAGAGUCCACCACCAGACAGUUCAGAGGAAAUGGGCAGGUCACAAGGACUACCAUGACCAUGGGGACAGUUCUGAUGAUCAGUCUGCUGACGGAACAUCUCUGGAGGAUCAAAAUGAGGUUCGCGAAGACCACAGUGAUAUCAGAAAAUCCAAAGAGCAGUUUGAUGUUGAAAAUGAUGGCAUGCUUUAUACCCCUGAUCAAGUCUUGUAUACUUUCAUGGGGAAAGGAGGAAGUGAUCUGACCAAUGAUGAGGGUGCCAGUGGUGAUGAUGGACAUAACGAGGAAGCCACUCAUGGACACACUGUAACUCCAAACAAAGGAAAUGAUCAGCAAACUAGGGUGACCAACGAGGAGCAAGAUGGUGACAAUGCUAUCGGCCAACGCCAUGAUGGCAGUAGUAGUAGCAGCAGCAGUAGCAGCAGUAGUGAGAGCAGAGACCUUGAAAAAGAGAAUAACCAAAUUACUGAUUAUAGCAAAAAACAAGGAAGUGAUAGUUACAGCAGCAGCAGCCAAGAGGAUAGGUAUGAUUUUGAUGACAAAGGAAUGCAAGGAGAUGACCCAAACAUCUUUGAGAGCCAUGACAGUGAUUCUCACAUGCUUCAUGGAGAUGUCCAUUCAAAAGAAAGCAGCCAGGAAAGCAGCCGAGAAAAUGGGCAGAGAAAAGCCAAACAUCACAGCAAAUCAGUGGAACAGUUUGCCAGGAAAGUAUACCAUUAUGUUGAUGCUGAUUCAGAUGAAGAUCACAGUCCUGAAGAGAAAAGGUCCCUGCAGGAGGAGGGUGCUGAUUCCAAAGAAGAAAGCCAGUCUGUAGAAGACAUUAGUCAAUCAACAGAAAAUGUUCCCAGUAGAUCCAGAGAGCAUGCAACCAGUCAUUCCAGAGAGGCUGUAAAGCCUUCAUCCAGAGGGCACAGCCGCAGUCAGUCCAAAGAGACCUUUGACAGCCACUCCAGGGAAGAUGCGCAUAGCCAAUCCAGGGAGGAUACACGCAGCCGAUCCAGGGAAGCCAAGCACAGCCACUCCAGGGAAGAUGCGCAUAGCCAAUCCAGGGAAGAUGCGCAUAGCCAAUCCAGGGAAGAUGUGCACAGCCGAUCCAGGGAAGCCGAGCACAGUCAAUCCAGGGAAGAUGCGCAUAGCCAAUCCAGGGAAGAUGUGCACAGCCGAUCCAGGGAAGUCAGACACAGCCAGUCCAGGGAAGAUGUGUACAGUCAAUCUCGGGAAGAUGCACCCAGUCGCUCCAAGGAAGAUGUGCACAGCCAGUCCAGGGAAGAUGCAGAUAGCCAGUCCAGAGAACUCAGGGCUAGUCAGUCUAGAGAGGAUGAGAACAGUCAGUCUAGAGAAGAUGACGACACUGCAUCUGCAGAAGACUUAAAGAGUGAAUCCACUGAAGACAGCAGGGGCUCCCAUGAGAAGACUUUGAAAAAAUCUGUAGAGAUAAGCGACAAAUCAGAUGAACCCAGUGUUAGCAGAUCUAAAGAGCAGGAGAGUGACUCUAAUGAAGAAGUAGGGAAAGUCCCACCAAGGGGCAGCGAAUCCAGAGAGUUUAAGAGACAACACAGCAGAUCAAGUGAGAAGAGCACAUCUACAGAAGAGAGCGAAGAAUCAUCCGAGGACACAGAUGAAUCCAGCCAGGGUGACAGCAGGUUGUCUCAAAGUGCAUCGUCUGAGAGCAGCAAAGAUUCCCAAGACAGCGCCAGCAGUGAAGACAGCGAUUCGAAUGCUCUCCGGUCUGAAGAAUGGCAAGGCCAGCAGAGCAGAUCAACAGAAAGCAGUGAAUCCAAAGGCGAGGAGAACAGCCGUUCUAUAGAAGGGGAAUCCAGCCAAUCCAGAGAGGACACAAAGAGCAGCUCUGCAAGUACGGAAGACGACAGCUGGUCAAGGAGCAUGGAGCUAGAAAGCCGAAAGUUAAUGCUUGACAUUUAUCAUAAUAAGCCUUUUAGCGAUUACGAUGAUAACGAUUGCCAGGAUGGGUAUUAAAGCAUUAAAAACUCUACGUAAUAUUUUGAGGUCAAGAUGCGAGCUCACCUUUUAAUUUAUUUUAUCAUUUUUAGCAAUGUGAAUAUUGAUGACAGGAAAUUAGAGUCACCGCUGAAUUUCACUUAAAGUGAAAUUCGAGAUGGAUCCUAUCUGAGGAGUAAGAUUAGCAGAACAAACCACGUGAGGUUUGACACACUACCAAGUUGCCACGGAAUUCUAUCUAAAACACAAGUCAAAGCAAAUGUUGAGGUUCCUCCUCAGGUAAAACACCUGAGUAAUUCUGAGGGGGACUAAAAUAUUUCAACACACCUCAGAACAGUGGAAGCCACCAGGAAUUUUGCCUGACACAGGGCAGGUCCAUGCAGAGGUGGGGACAGCUGGCUAGACUUGCCUCAGGCCUUGGAGGGCUAAGAGGGCUUGAGGGGCCCCUCCAGUGACCAGCUGCAUUUUUGUUUGAGUUUAUAAUUUUAUUCUAACAAGGCCUCAGACAAGCUCUGCACUUGCCGGGCACACAGGUUGGAAAUUUGGGGCUGCCCCCGUGUUGCUCUCCUACAACUCCCAUAAUCCCAUUUGCCAUUCUGACUGGGACUGAUGGGAGUUAGGAGUUCAACAACAUCUGAAAGGGGGUUCCUCACCCCCAUCCUAGCAAUCUGUUUCUGCCGCUACCACUGAAUUUUUGGAGGGCUGUUGUGUAUGUGUCUUGCAAGGUAAAGGCAAAUGACCCCUGGACGGUUAAGUCCAGUCAAAGGUGACUAUGGGGUGUGGCAUUCAUCUUGCUUCAGGCCGAGGGAGCUGGCAUUUGCGCGGUCAGGCAGAGUCCCCCAAAACCCCAGGCAGCCCCCGAGCGGAAUAAUGACACAGGACACAACUUUAUUAAGAUUCAGAUGUAGGGAGACCUUGGCUCAGGCAUUAGGCGUUUAUCCUUCCCAGCCCCCAACUGGGGGUCUGGGUAAUUUCAGGGUUAUCCAGCAUGUGUGGGGGUUGGGCUACCUCUGGCAUUUGUCCACAGACAGCUUUCUGGGUCAUGUGGCCAGCAUGACUAAACCGCUACUGGUGCACAGAGGACCAAGAUGAGUGCCAGAGCACACAGAAACACUGUUUACCUUCCCGUCGCAGCGGUACCUAUGCAUCAACUUGUACUGGUAUGCUUUCAAACUGCUAGUUUGGCAGAAGCUGGGACUGAGCAAUGGGAGCCCACCCCAUUGCGCGGAUUCAAACUGCCGAUGUUCUGCUUGGCAAGCCCAAGAGGCUCAGCAGUUUAGACCGCAGCAUAGUCUUAUCGGAAACAGUAGUCCACAGUAUUAGCAAAAUAAAAUUCCCAGAAUAGGUUCUCACUGUAGCAGCUGAUGCCUGUUCCAUUCAAAAGAAGGACUUUUAGUAAAGUACUUGGGGAACCAUCUCCACUAUGAACCUCAGCUACAUUUUAAGAGCCCCUACAUCGUGUUCCUUCGAUUCAAGAAAUUAGGUCAGUAGUGACGUA